GAUUCUAAAAUCACCUUUUUAUUUUUUGCCAUUCAAAAAAAUCAAGACUUAUGAUAAAUAUAUCACAGCCAAUAAGAAGCAGACACACAAUUGCUGGCAGAUUUUCUUGGUUUCUAGAGCAGUGUUGAAGGAAAAGGAUGGUGGUGGCCGACGUCGGGCUUUUCUCCUUCUCCUCCUGCAUUCCCUCUCUUUCUCCGCCGCCUCCUCGUCUCCGAUUCUCCUUCACGAGAACCAGACGCCUCGCCGUGGCAUCAAUGAGUGACGAUCCAGUUCGUGAAUGGAUCCUCUCUGAAGGAAAGGCAACUCAAAUAACUGGCAUUCGUUCAAUUGGUGGUGGUUGUAUCAAUCGUGCCAGUCGUUAUGACACAGAUGCAGGCUCCUUCUUUGUUAAAACUAAUAGGAGUAUUGGACCAUCAAUGUUUGAGGGAGAGGCUUUGGGCCUCAAUGCUAUGUAUGAAACUCGAUCUAUCCGUGUACCCAAACCAUUUAAAGUUGGACCUCUGCCAACUGGUGGAUCAUACAUCAUCAUGGAAUUUAUUGAAUUUGGUGGAUCUUGGGGCAAUCAAUCUGAACUAGGAAGGAAGCUUGCUGAAAUGCAUAAAGCAGCAAAGUCUGAAAAAGGAUUUGGUUUUGAUGUUGAUAAUACAAUCGGGAGUACUCCACAGAUAAACACAUGGACAUCAGACUGGAUUGAAUUCUAUGGGGUGCAUAGGUUGGGCUACCAAUUGAAGUUGGCACGUCAACAGUACGGCGAUUCCUUAAUUUAUGAAAAAGGACAAAGGCUUGUGAAGAACAUGGCACCCCUCUUUGACGGUGCUGUAAUUGAGCCUUGCUUGUUGCAUGGAGACUUAUGGAGCGGGAAUAUCAGCUCUGACAAAAAUGGCGAUCCUGUGAUUCUUGACCCAGCUUGCUACUGCCUCAUUGGUCUUGCAGAUGGACAUAACGAGGCAGAGUUUGGAAUGUCGUGGUGUGCUGGAUUUGGAGGAUCAUUUUACAAUGCAUACUUUGAGGUGAUGCCUAAACAACCUGGUUUCGAACAAAGGAGGGAUCUUUACAUGCUGUACCACUACUUGAAUCACUACAACUUGUUUGGUUCUGGUUACCGAUCAUCUGCCAUGUCCAUAAUCGAUGACUAUCUUAGAAUGUUGAAAGUUUAGCAUGUCUGCUUGUACAUUAUACCUCCAAGGUUGCUCCAUCUGUAAAUGUUAUGCUCUUCUUCUGUAUGUGAAGUUUAUGCAAAACUUCGCCUUUUUUGUAGUUCUUGCUGAAAGAAAUUUGCUGUUCAUCCCAUUUCA